GCGCUUGCUGGCGGGCGGAGACGCGCGCCUGGCACUGGACAUGGACCGCGCGCGCCUGUGGCUGGGGCUUCUGCUGCCCGUGGUGGCCGCCCUGGAUUUCCAAUACCACCACCAGGAAGGGAUGGAGGCGUUCCUAAAGAGCGUGGCUCAGAACUACAGUUCAAUCACGCACUUGCACAGCAUCGGGAAAUCUGUGAGAGGUAGAAACCUGUGGGUUCUCGUUGUGGGGCAGUCUCCAAGGGAACACAGAGUCGGGAUUCCAGAAUUCAAAUACGUGGCAAAUAUGCACGGGGAUGAGACUGUGGGGCGAGAACUGCUGCUCCACCUGAUCGAAUAUCUGGUAACCAGUUACAGGAAAGAUGCCGAAAUCACGCAUCUGAUCGACAGCACCCGGAUCCACAUCAUGCCUUCCAUGAACCCAGAUGGCUUCGAAGCCGUCACGAAGCCCGACUGUUACUACAGUAAUGGAAGGGAAAACUACAACAGUUAUGACCUGAACAGAAACUUCCCUGAUGCCUUUGAAAAUAACAACGUGACAAAGCAGCCUGAGACUCUGGCGGUCAUGGAAUGGCUGAAAACAGAGUCAUUUGUCCUCUCUGCAAAUCUUCAUGGGGGUGCCCUGGUGGCCAGUUACCCCUUUGAUAACGGUGUACAAGCUACGGGGACACUGUUGUCCCGAAGCUUAACUCCGGAUGACGAUGUUUUCCAACACCUGGCCUACACCUACGCUUCCCGGAACCCCAACAUGACAAAGGGGGAUCAGUGUAAGAACAAGAGGAACUUCCCCAACGGAAUCAUCAACGGGUACUCCUGGUACCCACUGCAAGGGGGAAUGCAAGAUUACAACUACAUCUGGGCCCAGUGCUUCGAAAUUACCCUGGAGCUGUCGUGCUGUAAAUACCCUCGGGAGGAGAAGCUGCCACUCUUUUGGAAGGAUAACAAAGCCUCUUUGAUCGAAUAUAUAAAACAGGUGCACCUAGGUAUAAAGGGUCAAGUGUUUGAUCAGAGUGGAAAUCCAUUACCGAAUGUAAUUGUGGAAGUCCAAGACAGAAAGCAUAUCUGCCCGUUUAGAACCAACAAGCUUGGAGAAUAUUACCUGCUUCUCCUGCCUGGGUCGUACGUGAUCAACGUUACAGUCCCUGGACAUGACUCAUACCUCACGAAGCUUACUGUUCCAGGGAAAUCCCAGCCCUUCAGUGCUCUUAAAAAGGAUUUUCACCUCCCAUUGCGACUGCAGCUGGAUUCCGUCUCCGUAUCAAAUCCUUCAUGCCCAACGAUACCUCUGUACAAAUUCAUGCCGAGCCACUCUGCUGCAACAAAGCCUAGUCUGUUCGUGUUUUUCGUGACUCUUUUGCACAUAUUUUUCAAAUAAAGCAAAAUGUGAAACUCAAUCCCCUGGAAUCAGGGAUUACUCAAGGUUCUGGCAACUCUCCCCCUUGUGAGACUGCAAUGGGAUAGACUUCACUGUUUUCCUUAAAAAGAAAACCGGAUGUUUCCAAACCUGGCCUAGAGCAACCUGUAAGGACAAAAGUCGGUCUUCAGUCUGGAUAAAAUGGAGGUCACUUCCUAGCAACCGCUGCCCAUGUAAACCCAUCCCAAAGGGGUCCCAAACACUUGGAAGAAAGUUCAGAAGCAAAACAGACAUCCCUACGAGAAAAACAAUUUGUAUACGGAGAGCCACGUGGAUCAAAGCCACAAGAAUGGACACUUUCUGAUCACCUGAACACCUUUCCCUAAGUGUUAUUUGUAGAGAGCUAAUACUGCCUGUCAAUGGUUCUCCCCCAAGGAAGAAAUUUCUAGAUAACAGGACUAAGAACAUUUACUAUUGCCAGUGUUCUAAGGAUAAACAUGUCGGAUGUAGCUACAGAUGAAGUGGCCUCUGUCUCUGGUGCCUUUACCCUGGCCUCCCUGACCCAAUGCCACAGUCCUAUGACGAUGACCCCUCCUAUGUAACCCUGGUCUCUUGCCUGAGCCUCAGAUGCAGCCCUAGCUGCUCACCAGACACACCCACCUGAAUACGACUAUGGACUCGGGUUCCUCCUGUUGACAGUUGAGACGCCAUGAGAGGCUGUUCGUUUCCCAUAUUCAGUCCCUGGAAGCUGCUGUAUUGAUCCUUGCCAGCCUCUCCAGGCCAUCUAGCGCCCCUCACUGCUGACCCAGCUGCUGCUCAUGGCUAUCUGUGCCAAGUCCGUCUUCCACACAGCACCAGGGGAGUUUGGCUGCCCAAAGCUCCCCUGCUCCCUGAACAUAACACAGUGCUCGCAAUCCCAGGUCUGGAUGCCGUUCUGAUUGUGCCAUGCCUUGUUUCCUGCUUAGUAAAAUUCCAUUCCAUGGCGACUGGUCCAUGGCGACUGGAAUGGAAUUUUACUGAGAGGUUAAGAGCACUGAUUUGCUCUUCCAGAGGUCCUGAGUUCAAUUCCCAGCAACCACAUGGUGGCUCACAACCAUCUGUAAUGGGAUCCGAGGCCCUCUUCUGGUAUGUGUGAAGACAGUGACAGUGGACUCAGAUACAUAAAAGAAACAAAUUUUACAAAAGAAGAAUUCCAAGCAUCAUCUUCAAUCAGGAAGCCCAUGGAGUUCCAGGUGGUUGGGUUCAAGGCUGAUCCUCCAAAGAAGCUGCUUUUAACUAGUGAAUUUUCAGUGCCGUGGUGUGGAACUACGCCAUGCUGGCCUUCUCUAACGCGCCGUGAGCUCCCGAAGACCAGGAGCUACUUGAGAAACAUCCAUUCUUAGAGCCUGGAACAAAACAGGAAAUAAAUGGUUACAGAGCUGUUUCAGCAACCUGCUACAGACCUUUCCAGAGCUCUGAGGAUUUGAGUAGUUUUGCGAAAAUAAGUUUUAUGUUUGGCAACAUUCACUCACGAGUGUAUACACACAGACACACACAUACAUACUUUCAUGUGUGCGUCAAAAAAACAAAAUCCAAAGAAAAAUGCAAGUGAGCACACUGUAAAGCUGGAGAGAAAGGCAUUUGCUGGCUGUUAACCAGCAUCCGCACUGCCUUCUAGACCAGAAAACAAAUUCUUACAAUCAGUUUGAAGUAGAAGUGUCCCCUGUGAAAGUAACUCUAUUCUAACACAUUAGAAGUAGAAAAAGCUGGGAAUGGUGGCGCACACCUUUAGUCCCAACACUCUGGAGGCAGAGGCAGGUGGAUGUCUUCGUUCACAUAGUCAGACCCUGUCUCAAAAGUAAAUUUUAAAAGGAUAAAUAUCAAACAGGAAAAUCAGCAGUAACCUGCACCUUGGAGGUGCAGGUUUCUGAGUGCAGUGCAUUUUCUGCAGGAAGUGAAAACAUGGCAGGGUUUGUCAGGCAAUGAAGGCUUGAGACUCUAAAGAGAUACAUGGGCACCCUGGUGCCCUUUCUUGGUGCCAAACCUAGUCUAUAUUUUAAUAUCAAUAGUAUGCAUAGCUUUUUAACCACUUUGAAAAUAGCAUGAGUAUCUUGAUCAUUUUAUUUAAAUAAACAUUAACUUAUGCCCUGGAAAGCAUGUACUAAUAGUUCAGAAAGGGAUCAGGGUAUAUUACAUUUGAAGAAUAUAAGACCAGGUAUGGUGGCUGGUCACCUGUUAUCCCAACUCUUGGGAGGCUGAGGCAAGAUGGACACAGUUCAAGGCUAGCCUGGACUACAAGUGAGACCCAUCUUAGGAAAACAAAAACCAUCAAGUAUGUAAGAGCAAAUUUGGUUUGCCAUCAGCUGGGUGUUCGAGUUCUGACAGGACCCUUUCCUAAAACUGUGUGAAAGGAAGUGAGUUGUUUGCUCAUGGGCCUAACAGGAGGCUUGUUACUGAACUAACUUACAAGUGGACUUGUCUUACCGGAGACUGGCCCAGGGCUUUGCACAGGACCAUCGAGCCACAGCUACGUCUUUAUUGUGUUACUUUUUGUUCAGACACAGCACCUCCCUAAGUUGUGUAGGCUGGACUUGGAACUCACCUUAAUCCAAACUGGCUUUGGACCUGCCUGCCUUCGCCACCGGCCUGAAACCGCUGUAUCCAUCUAAAGAUAACUGAAAUUACUGAAAUCAGAAAUUACUGAAAUCAGAAGUUACUGAAAUCAGAAAUCUGUAUCAAAACCCAGUGUAAAGAUCACUUAAACAGGGUGAGGGGGUUGUAGGUCAGUGACAGUGUGCUGAGCACACACAAAGGCUUGGGUUCAAUCUCCAUCAACCACUGCCCACCAACACAAGACAAAACAUGACCAGGAAAUUAUUCAGUGGUCCGGGUCCUCAAGACUUGUGUUUCCCUCUGCCAGGUAGAAAAAGCACAAGGAACAUUUGGUGACUAUUUUGAAGGCAAUGUACCUUACUACAGGUGACAUGGAGAUGGAAAUGCUGGUUACAAGAACCAUGUCCACUUCAAGAAAAUUUUCACAAAGUGCCUGGUUUACACGUGUGCCCAUUUGAAUUAAGAUGGUAAAAUCCCAGCACUCAGGAGGCAGAGACAGGUGAAUCUCUGUGAGUUCAAGGCCAGUCUUUUCUACAGGGUUCCAGGACAGCCAGGGCUAUACAGAAAAAAAUCCUAUUUCCGAAAGAAUCCAGGUUUCUCAGACUUGAAUUCUGCCUGUAUUAAAAUGGUGCACACCAGCUCUGCUGUCCAAUGGACGAGCUGAUGCUGAGUUGAGAAGUACCUGUUUUUAGGAAAACAGGUGUACAAAUCCGCAUAGCAUACCUGUUCUCCCGCUGCAACGGGAGUUGAGGGGCAUCUAGGAGGUUUUUGUGAGCUCACUUCUGCCUUUCUGGUGACCUCAGGUACAGGGGAGAAUGAUUGCUGGAGUAGGUGGAGAGCAUCAUGUUCUUGGUGCCUGUGACAGAUUCCACACCGAGUUUGUUCUAGACUUACAUCACUAAUAAGCAGACACUGCACUGUGUCUCACUGAUCGCUUAAUCAUUCUUGAGCUCACAAGCCAACCCACAGCUCUUUGUGAGAGGCUUCAUGCUGGUUUUUGUUUUACAAGCUUUCUAAGUGAUUCUUGUCAUCAAAAAGCAUAGGAACAAAAGCUAUUAAAGACGCUCAGAUUGAGUCGGGGCAACGUUGGCCCACACCUUUAAUCCCAGCACUCCAGAGGCAGAGGUAGGGGCAGAUGAAUCUCUGAGUUCAAGACCAGCCUGAUCUAGAGUGAGUUCCAAGACAGCCAGGGCUACACAGAGAAACCUUAUCUCAGAAAAUAAAUAAAUUCUAAGAUUAUAACAUUUGCUUGGGAGGGACCAUGACUACCUCUGAGCUUAUUUUAUUUACAUUAUCUGAUUAUCAAUAAAGAAUAUUCAC